CUAGCCUUCAUGUUCGGCGCCAUGCAAGUGGCCAAAAGGAUUCCAUUUGACGAUAAUCCAGAAUACAUCACUUAUGCAAGAAUCGCAUACGUUUCAGCACAAGUGAUCUGCUUAUUGAUCAAUUACUAUUGUUCAUUCCGCGUCAAGAAAGCAAACGAUUUAACAGUACUCAAAUACGUUGAACCAAAAAGUCCAAUGUCACAAGAACCAGGAGAAUUGGUUACUACAACACAUCGUGAUUACGAUUUAAACGAAAUCAGCAAAGCAACAAGAGGAGUUUUGAUGGGUACAAUCAUGGUUGCCGUCAUGCAUCUAUAUAUGGGUUACACAAACCCAUUGGUGAUUCAAUCCAUCUUGCCAAUCAAGAAUGCACUCGAAUCUAAACAUGCUUUGAUCUGGAUCUGGGGUAAACCAGCAACUGGAGAUCUUAAGAGACCUUUCAAGGCUGCCCCAGGUAUGUUUGGAAUGGCUUCUCAAGGCGGACCUCAAACCGACAAGAAAGCUAUCGCAGAAGCAGAAAAGGCUGGCGGUAACAAGAAGGACGAGUAGUCUCCUUCCAGAGAUAAAUGAACUCCGGAGCGGGAGAGUCAUUUUGAUGAU